UCAUAGGCCCACACACAGUGCCAGGUUUAUCGUCAGUCAGUCAUAAAGGGAAGAACUUGUGAGAGGAAUAGAGAGAAAGAAAGAAGUACAUGAAAGAGGCGAGGAGGAGACGCAGCCAUGGCUGACGAACCCACGCUCCCUCCUCUUCCCCCUUUGCAGGCGGGCGACAGAAAGAAACGGAGCCGUCGGCCAGACUCUCCUCCUCCUCCGCCACACUCCUCAUCAAGCGAUCCUGCCUUCUUCUCCAGCGAUGACGACCCGGCCAUCGACAACUACCAGACCCUCGGGCGCCGCAAGCGCAGGUACGUGGGCACUUGGUAUGACCAGCAGCCCGCAUCGUCCGACUCGGCCUUGGGCGACGAGACGCAGCCGCGCUACCCUCCGCCUCGCGGCACCAAACCGCCAAAGCCGCAGAAGCGCGAGUUCCGAAGGCAGCUCGACAGCGGCGUCUGGAUGGGUACCGAAGGCUCCGUCACCGACACCGACGACGGCUUCGACCUCGAACCAGCCGCCGCGAGACUACCACUCGCGGCUCCCCGACCUCGCGUUACGGCGAUGCCGCCUCCUUCGGUUCGGCCGCGCCUCUCGCCGCUGGAGCAGAGAGUCCAGGACGCCAUCGACUUUUGCGUCGAGACCGGCACCGAGCAGGUUGACCUCUCCGGCAUGGACUUGGAGACCAUUCCAGACCACCAGAUCCGGUCCCUCUCCAACAUCGUGCCCAUCCCACAUGUGACAAGGGAUGUGGCCUUUGAGCAGAGAGAGCCCGAGAUCCAGCUUUUUCUCUCCAACAACCGCCUGCGCCGCUUCCCCGUCGCCCUCGUCAACGUCGAGAACAUUACGGUCCUUAGCCUGCGCGCCAACCGCUUGGUGACCCUCCCCCCGGCGAUCGCCAAGCUCGUCAACCUCGAAACGCUGAACAUCGCCCAGAAUUUCCUCAACUUCCUCCCUGGAGAGCUGCUUGCCCUCCUCCGUCGCGGCGGCAAGAUGCGGAACUUCGCAUUCGAGCCGAACCGCUUCUGGCAGCCCCAGGCGACGGCGGCCACCGCCGCCGCCGCCAACCCGCAACACGCUGCCGAGUACGAGCGGCUCACCUUCCCCGGCCGACCGGCCGAAGCGAAACCCCAGCCCACCUGGUCCGGCGUGACCACCGAGCUCUACGCCCGCACGCCCGUCCACUUCCUGGACAGCGCGCUUAACGCCUGCACCCCGUUCACCCUUCCUCCAUCCCUCUACAACCCCCCCGCGCCUUCGCCAGAGAAGUCGCAGGCGCGGGAGCAAGGCGAAAACCCCGCCGCCCCCCUGUUGGAGAUCGAACCGUUCACCGCCCUCGCCACGCCUACCAAGCCCAUCUACCGCGACAUGAUGCUCCUCGCCGCAGACCCACACCGACGGAGAAGCAGCGGCGCCAGGGGGCCCAGGUCCCUCUUCGAGCUCGCCCUCCGCGCGUGCGCCACAGCCUCGAUCGCGGCGACGGGCCGCGACGAUGACGAUGACGACGACGCGCACGCGCACGCGCACGACUGCCAACUCCACCCCGCCGGACGCCGAGCCGACCUCGUGCCGUCCUGGAUGCCGCGCUACUUCGCGCGCGCCGUCCAGCGCGCCGUCGACAUCCGCCGCGAGGGCGGCGCCAGCUGCGCCGUCUGCGGCCGCGACACGGCCAUGCCGCUGGCGCUGUGGGUCGAGUUUCGCCGCGUCGGUCGGGCGGCGGCCGCGGCCGCGGUCGCCGGCGAGGGCGCCGACAACGACGGGGCGGAGGGGCGGGGGAGAGGAGUAGGAGGAAGAGAGGCGGGCGAGGAGACGGCUGGCGCCUCCGCCGCAGCCGCCGCCGCCGCCGGUGCCGGGUUUCCGUCGGCCGCGGCGGGGAUGGGGAUGGGGAUGGGGGCCGAGGGCGGGGGUAUGGUGUUGGUGCCGUUCCUGCGCGUCGCGUGCUCGUGGGCGUGCGUGCCUGUCAAGGUGGGCGAGGUCCGGACGGAGCGGGAAGAGGAAGGGGAGGUCUGAGUGUAAGGGCUGGCCAGGGAAGGGGCCCGAUGAAGGGCUG